GAAGAGGAGCCUGUGAUGAUUAAUGUCAGUUGGAAUGCAGCUGUUGCUGGUGGGAAAAUUGAAGAGGAGAGAAGAAUCUCUCUAUAUAAAAGGAUAGUGGGCAGGGGUCUGCGAAGAGAGGGGUUGUGAGGGAGGAUAGAGUCCCUUCAGGAGAAGGAGGCUGCCACUGCGAAUUAGAUGAGGAAACAAGAUCUGUUAACUCAGGAAGGGAGAGAGAGAAAAAGAGAAAGGAGGGAGGGAGGGGAAGAGCAAGUGAAGGAAAGAGAAAAAGAAGGGAGGGGAAGAGAGAAAGAGGAAGGGCAAGGGACAGGCCUGGGCCAAGAACAGGGCCUGUCAGUGACAUGAGGGGAAUGAGUGACAAUGCUGGCAGCGAGGAAAGGCCUGAUCAACUGUCGCUGCUGCUCAGAGCUACAGAGGCCAUUGACAGAGGGAGGCAGGCAGGCAAAGGACAGGCCGGAGCCUGUCAGCGUCCUGGGGGGGAUGAGCCGCCAUGGCGGUGGUGGCAGUGAGGAAGGGCCCGGUCAAUGGCUGCUGAUACUCCUGCAGGGAGGAGCAAGUGCAGGGCUCAAAUGAGGUUGGGGCGGCCUCUGGGGUUAGGGGGCUGCAGCUUGGAUAAUCAGCUCCGGCAACACUGCAGCCGCAACCAAGAGGGGUGAGUGGAAUGGAAGCAAUGGGAUGGAGAAGAAGGAACAGGAGUGCCGCUCAGGUGAAGUGGGCUGUGGCAGGCGGGGGUGAGGGGAGCAAUCAAGUACUAAAGCACAGAUGUUCUGCGCAGGUUAAGCUAGUUCUAAUGAUUUCCCUGCUGUCCUUCCUUUAUGGCAAGGUUUGUGUGAUUGCCCCCCUGCCACACACACACACUUUUUAAAUGCAACUGUAGCACCAUAAGCAAUAUUUACUACCAUCUAUGAGAUGUUUAAGGAAUCAUUUCUCCCUUGCCCUUCCCCCCCCCCAUGGCUUCUGCUUUCCAGCCCCCAUCCUUUAAUUAAUUGCUUCUUUUAUUCAUAGCAUGACUGAAUCAGUCUUUUAAACAAUCAUUUCCUGUUUCUUGCCAAUGAGCUUUUUAAUUACUUGUUUUCUGUUUGCUGCCAGAGCAAUGGUUCAUGUUUUUAUUUUAUCACAAUUGUGCAAAUGUACAAGACAUGCAUGCAAGCAGUCUAUCUUCAGAUGUGUUCAUUAGUUGCCUAUUGUUCUGACACAAUGAUUUUUUUUCCUGAACAGUUGCUUACCUUUGACCUAACUUGCUUUUUAAACACAUAGUGAUUAGUGCAAGGAAAAUUGUAAUGCUCAUCUCCUUCAAUCUGUUACAUGUGAAGGAAAAAAAAGGUGGGUGCCAAUAGACUGCUUAACAGUAGGCCCUUCCUGAUGCUGCAUGGAAUUAAGUAUACUAAUCGGAUUCUGAGCUUAAGGGUCAAAAAUAGAAAUACAAAGAAGUAGAGCAGGCCAAUAACACUUAAAGACUUGUCCAGUCUCUGUCCUUUGUUUUAAUGCCUUUUUUUUUUUUAGCCUUUUCCGAAAAACAGGGAGACUCUUAUAUAGAACUUGAUCAAGUGGGUUGAUUAUCUUUUUCAUGUAUUGUUUGGCCCACCCUGACAAUUAAACACAGUGUGCUUUUUCUCUUGUGCUAGUAAGAAGGAUACAUGCCUACACUUGUACUAUUAUUACUGACCUGAGCUGACAGUACGGAAAAGGAUAAGUGUGAAGCAGGGAGAGGGUAAAGAAAGUAAGCUUGAACUAUCUAGCCUACUUAGUUUCCUUUUGGCACCAAGUGCAUCUAUAGUGAGCUUGCAAAUACAGUGAUUAGACCAUAGUUCAGUGGUAGACCAGAUGCUUUAUAUAUCUAUCCUCUGUUAGCAAAUGGGAGCCAUGCAUGCCUAAGGAAAAUGAAGCUUAGCUCCUAGUCACUCAAAGCAGGAGAACAUUGAGAACCUCAGGCUUCCAACAUGAGCAGAAAGAGACGAAGAAGCUGCAAGGGCAGCAGGAAAAGCUCAGAUACCAGAGAAAAUGAACAUUUGCCAAUCAUUUGCAGAUGCCAGCAAAACACUGAAGGUGCUGAAAACAAAACAGGUGAGGAUACAACCAACGUCCAUGAACCACUGGACAUGGAACAGGCUGACAAAAACAGAAACAAUCACUCUUGCACACUAGAGAAUGAAAAGAACCAUUCUGACGGUCCUGAAAAUAAAGAACAAGAUAAUAUAAUUGACAGUGAAAAAGAAGGAAAACCAGAAAAGGAUUGUGCUUCCUUGACUUUUUCUACUCAGCAAAAUGAAGCCAUAGCAGUGGUAAAUGUUGAUGAACUGGGAAUAUCAUCAACAGGAAAAAUUGCCCUGCAGUGCAACUCAAACACAGAGAGCUCCCUUCACUCAGACAAUGGACUUAUUACAGAAGUGAAAUGUGGUUCCUUUACUGUAAAGGUGGAAGUGAAGAAAACUUCAUUGUUUGAUCCCAGAACAGAUUAUGUGGCUGGGGAAAGGGAGUGCCCUAAGAACAGACAUUAUCAUAAAGGACACUGUCAUAAGUGGCACAAAAAGCCAAGUCCACCCACUGGCCAUUCAGGAAAAUAUGAGGCACUGCCUAAAUACACCAUCCAAAUUGCUAAUAAACAGAAUCCAUCCAUGAAAGUUAGUGUUGCAGGAAAUGAAAUUACAGUAAACUAUAUCAAUGGAAAGCAAAAAUUAAUGGUUAAUAUCGAAUCUGGUGUGGAACCAAGAAAAUGCAGUAAAGUCAGAAGCCCAAGCAAUGGGAAUACAUUCACUAGUGAUACGGAUUAUUCUGCAACAGACACACCUUGCCAUUCAGAUUUUGAGUCUGAUUUGAGCUUUCAGGAGAAGGAAGAAUCUUUCACAGGGUACUCAUGCCCCAAGUGGUAUGCACUUAUCCCCCCACCAGCUCAGUUUGCUGACACUGAGGACAUUUGCUUAGACAGCACAACUGAGGUUGUAUCCUUAAGUCCAUCAGGUGAUGUACCUGACACUUUCUCAGCAAUCUUAAACUGUGGAGAGGGAAGUGAUGUCUGCCAAAAGGAGGAUACAAGAAGGAAGGAGUGUGCCAAUGGAAAAGAUUUUUAUGAUGACAUCAUUUUUUCAGAAUUUAGUUAUACUGGGGAAUCUCUUCUAGAAGAUUACAGUUCCAGAGAGAUACAUUUUGUAAAGAAACCUAAUAAUGAAAUGAUUGAUGUGCUCCAAUUAAGGAACAAGAGCCUUGUUGACACGAGGAAUAUUAUGCUAAUUUCACAAAAGGAAUCAAAGAAGAUAAGAAGAAAUUCUUUCCCAGCCACCUCUACUGAUAUAUUGUCAUCAUUUCACCCUAGAAGAGACUCGGGUUUUUAUUCAAUGCCAUCUCUGUCCUUAAAGGUCCUGCCCAAGCCAACAAAAACAACAAAUAUUUACAGCAAGGGUAUCUAUACACCCAACAGUUGUACAGAACUUUGUUCAAGCUUUGCAUCAUUGUUUGGCAACUUCAGAGAUCUUAAAUCUUCGUGUUGUUAUGCCUUCGCCUCAUAUGACCAUGAUAUGACUGUAUACCAUGCUGAGCUGGAAGAAAACCUAGGCAAUGCUUUUUUCAUGGAUCAUGGUGUAGAAUUCAUGGGAAACUGUAGAGAAAUUGGCCAGACAGUAGUGGAGGGUUUUUAUUCCAAUGCAGAAUGCAAGGAGAAGCAUGGAUCAAUUGAAUCGCUGAGGAGCUUAGAUGCAUGUGAGGAAUACACUGAGUUUGCAAAAACUGAAUUUGGGAGGAAAGGUGAUAGUGAUCAGCACAAAGUCCAAGCAUAUUUAGAGUUACAGAAUGAAGCACCAUUAAGUCAAGCUCCCUCAUUCUCCAGAAGUCCAUCAAAUGUCUAUUCUAACUAUAAUAGCAUUUCUACUAAGAUAGCUACAGAAUGCCUUCAAGACCAACAUUCAGUAAUACAGCCCAAUACUGAUAUUCAGCAAAGUACUGCAGAGACUGAAGUAACCAAAAAAAGGCGGAGAGGAUCAGUGAUGACUGUAAUAACUGGAGAAUUAGAACGACGACUCAUCAUUCAGGGUGACAAUAAGGCUAUGGCAGAUUCCUUUGGUUUGGCAAUGAAAAAGGAGUCCAUAUUACCCUGCAGCUUAAGGGAAAAAGCAUUUAUGUCACCACUGUUGGAUGCUGAGGAACCAGAUCUAGAUAAUAAUGAAUUCCAGAGUUUUACUGACAGUCCAGAGGUGUUUGAAAGCACUCAUGAAGUUUCUAAUUGCCAAGAUUAUUCUGUCCUGGCUACUGCAGCAUCUAACUCUUUGGAGGAUGAGCACAUUUUGUCCGAUGCCUUCCUCACAGAAUCACAAGAGACGCUCUCCAGUGAACAAGAUAUACGUCAUCCUGAUCAUUUUGAAAUUCAUCCAGUAGCAGGUCAAAGGCAAGAAUUACCAGAACCCAGCUGUGAAAAAGAUGAGAUACCAAGUGAAAUAAAUAUGGAUUUAUGUCAGAAUCUGGACACAUCAAAGUCCCCAGAGAAUCAGACAGGAACAGCAGCAGAAGACAAGAGUGUAAUACUCUCCAAUGAGCAUGUAGCAGAAGAUACAAAAGGUAAUAGUGGCUCCCAGGAAGAAGCAACCGACCGUUGGGCCAGACGAAGGAAGCAGUUCAAAGACAGCAAGAGAUGCAGUUCAAUUGGAGGAAGUUCCAUCAACAGUACUAUCACUGAAGGAUCACUAAACUCCGAAGAUGGUCGUUCAUUCGAUCUAAGUGUGCAUGGUGACAGUGAAGAGAGAGGUUUCUACACUGAGAUCUUCCACUCAACUUCUUGGGUGUUCAGAGGAGAUGAUGCCAGCCCAGAUAACAGCCCCAGAUGUCUUAGCAAAAGGCCCAGGCCAGUAGCAGUUCGCGAACGAACCGUGAGGAUCGCUAAAGGAACUGGUGAUUACCCUUGGGGAUUCCGCAUCCAGUUCUCAAAGCCCAUCCUGGUGACUGAAGUGGAUACCAACAGUGCCGCUGAAGAAGCAGGGCUUCAAAUUGGAGAUAUGGUGAUGGCUGUCAAUGGCACCGAUGUCACCAGCAUGCCACAUUCAGAAGCUGCAACUCUGGCAAGGAAAGGUCCAGAUGUCUUGACCUUGCUGGUUGGCUCCGAUAUAAGCCGUUGUCCCAACACCCCUCGUCCAACAUGUCGAGGUUACCUACACAAACGGACCCAGUCAGGAAUUCUGAAGGGCUGGAGGAAAAGAUGGUUUGUGUUAAAACAUGAUGGUUGCCUUUACUACUACAAACACAAAAAGGAUGAAGGAAAGUGUAGACCUCUAGAAGUAACCAAGUUAGAAGGUGCUGAAAUUGGCGCAGACACUAGCCUAGGAAAACCUUUUGUAUUUAAGUGUGUUCCUCAGAGUGGGCACCGGACUUUCUAUUUUUGUGCCACAUCAAACCAAGAGAUGAAGAGGUGGCUAGAGGCCAUGGAGAAAGCUGUGCAUCCUGUGCAUCAGAAUCAUGUAUGGGUAGAUGUCACCAUUCACAACACAAGCCUUCCGCCACUUGCUAUCAAAAACCCAGAGUGCCUGGGGCUUCUUCACCAGCUGGACAAAAACAAAGAUAUGUGGAUUCAACACUACUGCAUUUUAAAAGAUGGCUGUUUGUAUUUUUAUGCCAGCAUACGCUCUACAUAUUCCCUUGGUGGGAUUUACUUGCAGGGAUAUACUGUGAGCGAACAGGCCCUUGGGUCCAGGAGAUCUGUGAUUGAAGUUAAACCUCCAUCUGAAGAGUUUAAAACCUUCUACUUGUGUGCAGAAAGUGUAAAUGAAAACAAACGAUGGAUUACUGCACUGAGAACCUCAGUCAGUAAGUGGCUGCCUUUAGACAAGGCCAUUCAAGACUUCAUGAAUCGCCCACUGGAGGAGACUAGAAUGUGAAAGGAAAUAAAGUCUUUUGUUCUAGAAUUCAAAACCGGAAUGCUGCAGACAAACGUCCUUAUUGAAAGAAAAUUUAGCAACAUUUGGUCAUGUCAAAUUUCUCUUGAAUUAUUAGCCAAACAAUUUUGUAACCAUUAGUAAAUAAACAAAAAAGCCA